AUGCUGACAGGAGCCGAUGACGUAGACACGCUGAAGUCGAUUUGCGAUCAGGUGUUUGAGAUUCUUGGCUCCGGAGGCUUCAUCGCAAGACGUGGCGUUCCGCUGAGGAUGUAUUCCGACAACGGGACAAAUUUCGUCGGAGCCCGGAACGAGCUGCAGAGGCUUCAGGAAGCGUUCGAGGAGCAGCAGUCCAGCCUGAGGACGUUCGUGGCGGAGCAAGGGAUGGAGUGGAAGUUCAUCCCCCCGCGAGCACCGCACUUCGGCGGUUUAUGGGAGGCGGCCGUCAAGUCGGCAAAGCUCCUGAUCGUGCGGCAGGUCGCGGACGCCGCGCUCACCGAGAGCGAGGUGAGGACCGUGUUGGCCGUUGCCGAGGCCAUCAGGAACUCCAGGCCGCUCACUCCAGCCAGUACGGAUCCAAACGACGGAGAGGUGCUUACGCCAGGCCACUUUUUGAUCGGCCAGCCCCUUCGUUCGCUGCGGGCUUGGUCGAAGGACUACGUCCACAACCUGCAGGGACGUAGCAAAUGGCAAACCCCAGAGGCCAACAUCGAGGUCGGCGCCAUGGUGGUGGUCCACAACGACCAUACGCCGCCGCAGCAGUGGAUCACCGGCAGGGUCACCAGCGUCGUCGUGGGAGCAGACGGCAAGGUCAGGGUGGCAGAGGUGCGAACAGGAGGGGGCGUGAUUAGACGCCCAAUCCAUAAGCUGGCACUUUUGCCGAUACGUUGA